GGGCGACCCGGCCAAAGUUGAGACGAACCUGGCGUAAAAGGCCCGCGUUGCCGUUACCUUCCCUCAAGCUAACGUGUUAGCCGUCAAUACAGUUCGAGCGGAGCGGCGUUUGCUAAUCUAUGCUAAGCUAACCGUGUAGCCGUUUCGGCUCCAAGGUCGAUUAGAGCAUGUCUGCAUCCGAGUCAGCCUCAGUGUGAUGGUGAAUCAACCCGUCUGCCUGCGGAGCAGUGGAGACCGAGGGAGGAUCCUUCGGCUUUGGCCCAUCAGACACGCAUGUUUUAGGGUCAUACGCGAGAUGCUCUAUAAACCUGCUGUAGCUCCUGUAUCCAGUUCUGAAGUUUGAUAUGACACCUUAUGAGCUAAACUUUGUUUGUGUUGUUCGAAUGUAAUCUUCAAACGCGAAUACGUCUCAUAUCUGACAGGUUUUAUGUCUGCAGUAUCUCUCAGUAGUCCUGUCAACUUUGCCUGAGUGGACCAGAGUUUCGGCUUUGGUGCAUGUCUGUAGCUACCAUCACCACUAACGAGAUGGUGUCAGUGAUGCCAAAACAGAUUGAUAUCAAAGGUAAAUAAGAUGAUAAAGGAGCACGGCGACCUGUUUUCUGACUCCCAGUGUAAAGUCUGCAGUGCUGUCCUGAUUUCUGAGUCUCAGAAGUUGACUCAUUAUCAGAGCAAGAAACAUGCCAACAAAGUGCGUCGUUAUCUCUCCAUCCAAAAUGAGACGGAGCCAGCUUUCAAAAAGUUAAAGUCAUCAUCUGAUAGUCAGGACUGUAAUAACGGAGACUCUGACCGGUCCAAGGUGUGUCAUGUAUGUAACAUGACAUUCUCCUCUCCUGUGGUGGCCGAGUCUCACUACCAGGGCAAAGUUCACGCCAAGAACUUGAGGCUGAAGACGGUCGGUCCCCAGACCCCAGCAGUCGCCGCCCAAACGGCACCAACACCUCAGCCGAAGAAGAAACCUGCAGAUGAUUCGAGCGCUGUGCCGGCAACGGGCAACAACAACAACAACAACAACGACGGCAACAACAGAGACCCAGACCGUUUCUGCUCCAUCUGCCAGGCGUCCUUCAACAAUCCACUCAUGGCCCAGCAACACUACGUCGGCAAGAAGCAUAGAAAACAGAUGACCAAGCUCAAACUGAUGGAGACGUACGGUCCCUCCUCUGCACCAGCUUCCACACUAAAGGGCUACCCCUGUACCGUCUGCAAGAUUGAACUAAACUCUGUGGAGCAAUACCAAUCUCAUAUCAGUGGAGCAAAACAUAAGAACCAAAUAAAGAAAUCCACGCUGAACACUGCAGAGAACCAACACGCAGCAGAACAAUCGCAAGAAGGGGACAGCCAGUUCACCGUGGGAGGUGACCAGUACGCUGCCGCAGACGACCAGUAUGCCCCUGUGGUUGACCAGUACGGCGCUGGAGAUGACCAGUACGCAGCCGGAGAGAACCAGUACACGCCCGAGGACAGGGAGUACUCGGAGGAGUACCUGUAUACUUGAGGCUGGACUGGGAAGGACCCACAGAGGUUUCAGUCAGGACUUGGAAUGACACACAACAACCAGCCCCUUUAACAAAUUAACAACCCAUCAACCUCCAUGGACAUUCAGCUCCUGUCAGAGUACCUCGUAAGUCGGGGGGGUCAUCUAAACCACAGGUUUAAACCCUGGGAAUACCCUGAGGUAUUUUGUCAUCUUGGGUCCCCGGCUGAAACAGUUGAAGAAUGUAAGCUGUCACUUGCUUCAUCACCUGAUCCUGAGUUCAGCAGCAAUGCCGCUCUCCAUACGGUCACAAUGAAGAAUGUCUUUGAGGGUUCAACAGGCCUCUACUUCUGUCUCAAAUUGGUGAACUGAUCAAAAACUAUUCUGCAUAUGUACAUUGGCUGGGUAUCAUCUGAAAUUUGUCAAUACUGGUGCUGGUUAUAUUUUUCCCCCAGUACUUCAGUGCUGCUGUCAGACACAUUUCAGCCAGUACCAAAAAAGGACGGCAUUUUGAAACCCAGCCUUUAGUGUAUAUCAGAGUAACGACAAGACAAAGUCUGAAUCCAGUUAUUAAACUUAAAUCAAAGUUUGGUCUAUUGCAUCAGUCAGAUAUAUCAGCCUUUACUAACAUAUAAUCGUUACUAACAUGCAGAGUGCCACAGGUCUCACGACGGUUCAAAGUAAAUAUGGUUGGUUUACAUCUCCAGUGAAUGUAUUUGGAACAUGUCCUCACCUCAUUUCUCCAUGUUUGAUUAUUUCUGAAUUUGUUCCUGAAGAUGCAGAUGUUGGAAAAGGAAGUCAAACUUUUCAGAGCCAGAUCAGUUGCCAAUAGUCAUUUCUGUCUGUAUAGAUGAAAGGAAGAAAAAAACAAACAGACGAAGGCUUCAAUCUUUUAUUUUUUAUUUAAAGCUGAAAUAUCUUGAAGUUGUUUUUAUUAUUGACGUGUGUGCUUGUUCUGUGUAAAUCACAGAUGGUGAUUUCAUUAGAUUUCUAUAAUGUGGCCAUCUGGACGAAGCUAGUACUGUUCUGGAGGUGAAGAGUUCCUCUCAGUUUAACAGUUUCUAUUUGCUUCGUGUUCUUUUUACCAUUAUUUUUAUUAUUUGCCUAAGAAGAGUCCUCUCUGACUGACAACCUAGAGUUUGGUGAAACUCCUAAAGGAUUUACUGUGAUAACAACAGUGAGUUGUUUCCCUGCUCCCGGUACAACAAUAACAUAAAAUAAUAAGUAAAACAACUUUUACUUAACAGGACAGUAAAAAAAACAUUGCGACAGUGGACAUCUUUAUCAGACGCUCAUCAUUAAUUGAUGAUGAAAGAUACAGUGUUAAAGUGAGUUGGUUACAGGCCACAGCUCACGCACCUGCGUGAGUCUAAAUUACAUCCACUAGCUCUUAAAAGUACCAGGAUGAUUCAAACCCCAAACUGGUGGUGGUUGGCGAAGAGUAACUCUCUCGCGGAGGUUGAUGUCAUUUUUAUAUAAAAAAAAAAAUGUAUUUAAAUUUCCAGGAGUCUCGACAGUUUCAAUUACGAAAUGGACGUGGAAGGGAUCAUGUUGAAAAAUAUUAAAAGCAUCCUCCCAUUUCAAACGCAGUGGAUCUGUAUCAGCUCUGGGUUUGUGACAGUAGAAGCGUUUUUGUACUUUGUGCGUUACAUUCUUGGUUUACUGAAGGGUGAAAUAUUUUUAAACACUUUCCCUCUGAGCUGUGCGAAGUGGGGCUUUAUAAACUCUAGAGAACACUAACAGACGCUUUCUGAUCUCUGUCGCUGACGCCGAUGGCAGAGAUUUUCAAGAGUGAUGUCAAAUUAGAAAGUGAUGUCAACAUUAGUGAGAGUAAAAGCUUUUCUUUUUAAAUCCAUUUGAAUAUUUUAGUAUUGAAUGUAUUCAAAGCUCUGGCUAAUGAAAAUUAAUAAUUUUUUUGGAUGUAAUUUAUACCAAGAGGGCUCAUACAGACUGUAUAGUACAUGGUGUAUAGAAGACAAAUGACCGUUUUGUUUUCAUCCUCAUUCUUGUGUUCAGUGUUUUGUGAUGAGUUACUUUCAGUAUGUAAUGUAUACUUGAGAGGAAAACGCCGUGAAGAUGUGCAAGUAAAGAAAUGUUUUAUGAUGGUUUGUA